GGAAUCUAAUUGCAUAAUUUGCAUUUAAGUGGAUAAAUUUUACAAUGCUAUAUAGUAUUGGUGCUAGGUUUUUGCUUCUAUGAUACAACUUAAAAUUGUACAUUCACGUUAUGGUACAACUUCAGAUUGUACCUAUACUUUUUGUACAAAUUCUUUUAUAGUACAACUUGAACUUGUACCUUUAUGUGAUGGUACAACUUCAAGUUGUAAAGUUGUACCAUAACAUAAUGGUACAAAUUGCCUUAUGGUACAACCUAAACUUAUACAUUUAAUAUUAUGGUACAACUUUAAGUUGUACAUUAAAGCACCAAUGCUAUAUAGCAUUGUAGAAGUGCUCAUUUAAGUGAUCAAAGACUAUAACCUGUAGAAAACAAAUAGUAAACACAAUGUGGGUAACGUGGUUGAAGGAAUUCAACAAAUAAACCCCAAAAGCAAUUAAUUUGGAUGACUCUAUAUAUCAAAGUACAAUGAUGAAUUUGAUCACAAAGCUUUCAAAAUGUUCACAUGAUUUAACAAUGUAUCACAAUUAUACAUCAACCAUCAAGAAAAUCAUUUAUGGAACUAUCAAUUCGUACUGGUGCUUGCCUUGCUUGGGAGUUUGAUGAGGACAUUACAGUACUGCUUGAACUGCUGACUCCUAUCACUUUUCCACUCUUCCAACUCUUCGGGAUUCAUCGCCAUCGAUUUUUACUCUAACUUCGAAUCUGUUACAUUAGGGCAGCUAUAGUUCAACAGUGUAUUGGUUUCAAAUCAGAACCAAAGAGACGAUAUAUGGAAUUACUUGAGAUUAAAGUGACAAAUUACCUGAUAUAAACAUUUAGGCAGGGAAGAAGAACAUCCGUUUUGGGCGUAUGAAAGGCUUCUUCUAAGACACUGGUCUCGAACUCCAAACUUAAGUCACAAUUUAGAUUUACAGGCAGGAAACAUGGUUCCUUCGCCACAAAAUUGCAAAAAAGUAAAGAAGAAACAGGGAUGAGCAUAUUCAGAAAUCAACUGAAGAGGAAGAUUCAGAUAAAAAAUGAACUUAAUUUCUUCAUAAUCCGCCUCCCUUAAUAAUUUUCAAUCAAUCUGUUAAGGGAACAAUUAAUUCAAAAUCCAAAACUAUACCCACAUAUACCCAGACUAACUACCAUGGCAAAGCAAAUCAUAGCUUUCACGUCCGAAUUCUGUAGUAGGGAAUUCCAAACUCCCAUUCUCUUCUUAGUAACGGGGAGUGUAGUUUGAAUGUUGUAAAGCGGCUGGUGACUAACCUGUAAUUUGCAGAGUGUAAUGGUGUGAAUGGGUGAGUUUGAUUGAAACGAAUUGGGGCGGGUAGAGAAGGCGAAUCGGCGGCGCAGUUUCACCUACCAAUAACCCUGCCAUAUGUGGAUGGAAAAAGUAUAUUGCAAGUGGAAAUCGGGGGAGAGGCGACUGGCGGUUACAGACGCAUCUUCGCUACCGCCUGCUUCCAUAAUGUUGUUCAUUUUUCGUCUUUGCCCUCGUUUCUCGUUCAUGGCUUAAUCCGGCAGCGGAGAAGUAAAGGAGCGAGACAUCAAACAUUCGUCGCCGGACAUGUCGGUUUCACAUCGCUUCCCACCGUCUCAUGGAGAGACAAAAUGCCCCAAUCCUGAAUCUGAUUCCCGUUCCAAGUUUGAGUCGGAGAAAAUUGAGGUUGAAUGAUUCUCUGUGACUUGUGAGAAUCUGUUUGGGGGUUGAAGAGAAGAAGAAGAAGGAAAAGCACAGGUGCUAUUCCCUUCCCGCGUAUAAAAGAAGAAGAAAAAAAAUUAAACAUAUCCCUGAAAAUUGUCGAGGGAUUCGGUUUCCAAACCUCUUCAAAAAAAAAAAAACAUGUGGCGGACUGCUAUUGGAUAAAGGGGUCGCUGACGUGGAAGCAUAUGGUGAACGAAAAUUUGAAUUGGAGAGGCUGUUUAGGGGAAAACACCUAUAGUAUUCUUUAGAUUAUGAGUUCGGCUCAAUAUAUUUCCAACCAAUAUAUCAAUUUAUAUUGCUCGAUCAUGACAGCUCUUUUCAUAAAUACAUAAAUGAAAAAAAUCCCCAGUACUAUUCACUACCUUUCUUCUGGUCUGGCCUCAGACGAUUGUUUGUUGAUUGAUUGUGAACAUCUCCCGGCCUCCCGCUAGGGGUGGGCAACGGGAAACGGGUAUUUGGGUAUACCCGUACCCGUCCCGUUUUUAAGGGUUACGGGUACCCAUAUUACCCGUAAUAUUUUAAACGGAUGGGACUUGGGAUUGUACAGUCCUAAUAUGGGUACCCGCAGGUUACCCGCGAAUACCCGUUUGGGUAAUAUGAGUACCCUUUAUACCCAUUCAAAUUACAAAGACAUAUAAUUCAGCCCAUGCGCCCAGGCCCAACCCAAUUCAAAAUCCAUUAAAAUUACAAAAUCCAUUUAAUUCAGCCCGUGAGAUUUGAGACGCUGACGCACCCUUGCUUGCUGCUGCAAAAUUCACCACCUUCCCCACCCUAUUUUGCCAAACUAAGGAUUGAUUUGAGUAGAAACAACAUUAUUAUUAUUAUUACUGAAUCAUGGCACUUUCCAGGAAGCAGAACUUGUUCUCUUUCUGGGUUUUAUUAUUUGGUCCUUUCCCCUUCCUUGAUUCCUUUUCAUCUUCAUCAUCAUCCCUUCUUUGGGUGGUAGGAAUUGGUGUAAGUUGCUACUUGUGCAACCAUUUUGAAAUGAAUGCUUUGGAUGUAAUUGACUAAUUGUCUUUAGGUAAAAUGUCAUUUAAACUUUGGCCCUCAAACGAAAGCCGACUCAUGGGCUUGAAGUUUGCACAGGCUCGUCUCUAACACGCCCCCUCAAACGAAAGCUGACUCAUGUGCUUGAAGUUUUGCACAGGCCCGCCAUACCAUGUGCUUGAAGACAACUGUUAAUAUUGGGGGUCGUGGAGAUUCGAACACACGACCACUUGGUCUAACCAGCUCUGAUACCAUGACAUAAACCAGUUGAUCCCAAUAACUCGAGUUGUUGGGAGAGAUUCAAUCGUGGAUCAUAUACCACAACACUAACACGCCCCCCUCAAACGAAAGCCACUCACAAGGGCUUGAAGUUUGCACAGGUCUGAAGACAAGAAUACCAUGUGCUUAACAAAUGUGGGUCACCGGGAAUCGAACACAAGACCUCUUGAUCACAUAAGGCUCUGAUACUAUGUCAAGAACCAGUUGAUCCCAAUAACUCGAGUUGUUGAAGAAUGUUAUGUUGGUUCUUGUACCACUCUCUAACACGCCCCCUCAAACGAAAGCCGACUCAUGGGUUUGAAAUUUGCACAGGUUCUCUAACAUCUACUAGUCAACAAGUCGGUAAAGUGCAAUAAACCCUACGUAAAGUAAAGAAGAGUCUACAAUACAUACGUGUUGGAAUUUCAGUCGGCGAACAACUUUUCGACUAGUCAACAAGCUAGUUCAGCCGCAAUGCAACUUGGUCGAAAUUUAAUUAAGCACCAACAAGACCAAUUCGAUCUGGUAUCGAUGAAUGGUCGCGACUUCCCACCCUAUAAAUUAAAAUCCGCCGUCUUCCAGCCAUUUCCCACAACUCAAAUCAAUCCACAAUAUCGAUCAUCGUUGAAGCCUCUCGCUAGCUAGCUCUUCAUUUUACCAUCCAUCCCUCCGUUUCGCGCGGUUUGAUAUCAAUCCAACCGAAGGUAGAAUAGAUGACGAAGCUCAGCCGUCGUCAAAGUCUCGUUUCUUCAACGUGUGCGGUACUGAUCUUGGCGGUAGUAAUUCUUUGCUUUAUGUCAGCUUUUGCGGCGGCCCAACGCGGCGGCGGCAGGGGAAGCAGCAGUAGCGGCAGCCCAGGCGUUAGGGGAGGAGCGGUGGUGGGCGGGGCAGUCGGUGGCAGUGGUGCCGGCCGUACUUCGUCGUCCGCAGUUGGGGAUUCGAGUCAUUGUUGUUUUGGUGGUGCCGGCCAACUGCUUGGAGGAUUCGUGGUUUCCUUUCUGCUGUAUGCGAUGCACUAAUUCAGUAAUUCCCCUCUUUUAGUUUCUAUCUACAAUUCAUAAUUCUUGUAAUGAAUUCAUCAUUUGUGUAACGCGUUUAUAGAAACAAAAACAAAAAGAGAAUUAUAGUUUAGGUAUAUACAAGGAUGGAUAUUGUAAGUAUAUAGGUUGUUUGAAAUGGUUGAAAUUGCUAAAGAGAUUGGAGUAAUAGAGGUUGUUUGAAAUGUUUGUCUGAAAUAAUUUGAUAAACCCGUGAUAUUGUUUGUAUUAAAUAAAGUGUAUAUGUUUUG